AUGUCAACGGACUCCACAGAAAACAUGGACACAUCCAACUCACAACUGCAGCUGACAAAGAAAAAUAUUAGAGGUUGGUAUUUCUAUUCCUUUUCAAGUGAGCCAUUCGUUGUUUCUGCUGUUUCAACAUAUAUCCCUUUGUUGCUUGAAAGGUUUGCUCGAUCAAAUGGUGUCAAGCUUGAUAACCACCUUCUGCCAUGCACAUCAGAAUCAGACAAAUGUGUUUUAGAGGUAUUCAAUAAUUACUACGUUGACACUUCAAGUUUUGCAUUGUAUACAUUUUCAGUGAGUGUUCUUUUCCAAACUAUAGUUGUUGUGACGGUGUCUGGUAUUGUUGAUCUAUGGAAUUCUGUCAGAUUGAAAGGUAUGGUAUUGGUCAUAUUUAGUAUUAUCGGUGCAGUCUCUACCAUAUUGAUUUCAGGAUUAGAAGAAUCUCAGAUAUAUUCGCUUCCUUCGUUAUAUAUUUUGGCUAACUCCUGUUUUGGGGUUAUCAACGUUGUUGGUAAUUCGUUGUUGCCAAUCUUUGUUAGCGAUUUAUGUAGAUAUUCUAACGUUAUUGGCCCUGAUACCAGUGAAUCUAGUGUCGAAAAACUGAACAGUAUUAUUAGUGGGCGUGGUGCUAGUUUAGGUUACUCAAGUGCUCUUCUAACCCAAGUUGUGUCAAUGUAUCUAGUUCAUAAGAGUAAAACUCAGCAAGACAUUCAAGUUGCUGUGUUCUUCGUCGGUGUGUGGUGGCUAGUUUGGCAAGCACCUAUGUUAUGGUUAUUUAAUGACAUUCCACAAAUUGAAGAAGAGACGGGCUCAAGAUUGUCAAGAAGUAGAUCAUAUUAUCACAAUAAACAUAUCUGGUCAUUGACAUCGUUGGGCUAUGGAUGGAAAUCUUUGUGGAAUGCCUUCAAACAUGCAAGAUUAUUAAAGGAUGUUAUGAUUUUCCUAUUAGGCUGGUUCAUUAUCAGCGAUUCUGUUACCACAAUUAACUCAACCGCAAUUUUAUUUGCGAAGACUGAGUUAGACAUGGUUACUUUGAACUUGAUCACAAUUAGUAUCAUUACGAUGGUUGAUGCAAUGAUCGGUGCCUUUGUUAUACCCCAAUUUUUGGCAAAAAGAUUCAAUUUGUUACCUGACCAAAUUUUAGUUUACAUUAUUAUUUGGACAAGUUUCAUUCCAUUUUAUGGUAUUCUAGGGUUCUUCUUUGAAUCAUUCGGUCUGAAACAUAAAUUUGAAAUGUAUAUGUUGGCUGUCUGGUACGGUCUGUCGCUGGGUGGACUAUCAGCUGUCUCCAGGUCUGUGUUUAGUUUGAUUAUUCCGAAAGGUAAAGAAUCCACUUUUUUUAGUAUGUUCAGCAUAACAGAUAAAGGGUCGUCUAUUAUUGGACCCUUCUUAAUUGGUUUCGUUACCGAUAAAACACAUGAAAUAAGAUAUUCAUUUUAUCUUUUAUUCGGAUUAUUGAUGUUAGCACUUCCUGUUAUGAGAUCACUCGACAUCUCUAGAGGUAGGCGUGAGGCGGAAGAAUUAACUGAUGUUAUUAGUAGUCGCGAAGUUAGUGUAGAACCAACCAGUCUAACGGAUGAGCAUGAGCAAAAUGAUUAA